GACAGUUAUGUUAUCCGGUGGUGCAGCCUGGCUCCAGAAGGGAGGGGUUUCUGCUUGCUACACUCCCGGAAAGCACAGCAGCAGAGGCUUUCAUUACAACAUCUCUCUCUUAGCUAUCCCUGCAGGAUAGUUUUUCUUCCAUUGCAUAAUUUACUGCCACGGAGAUAAUCUUUUGGGCAUCCUGGUGCAUUGCUUACUCGGAAGUAAAUUCGACAAUCUUCAGCAGCCGGCAGGGUUGUUGACAAGUGUGUGUCCUUGAUUUACAUCUUUGAAAUGCUGGAAAGUUAUGACUGACCCAGUGCUCAAAAUAUGAGGGGAAAGGAUGGGCGCAGGCGUUGUCAGCAUAAGAUUACAACUCCCAAGAUUUAACUUCUAGAAACCUCGGGGAGGGCGGGAGCCGAUUCAAAGCAUGGCAACGCCAGCCGUUUAAACCGGGUUGCCAAGCCAACUUUUCGGGAUGAUUGGCCGGAAGCCUCCAAGAACCGCCGAGUCAGGGUUCAAACUUCAAAAUAAUAGUGGAGGAGAUUCAUUUUUUUUCUCGAUCGAUCGAUCUAGUUUCUAGACCUCCCGACUGCGAAGGCUGUAGAUUGCAAUGACUGAAGACUAUUGGAAAGAACAAUGCGAGGGGCGGAAUCUCCAAGUCUAGUCCGACGAGCAGCAGCAGUCACAGUUCGCCGCCGCCCCUCCCCCGCCGCCCCCCCAGGCCACUGGCACUGAUGAAGUUUUAAUAGGGGCGGGCGGGGAGCAAAAAUGGGCACCGCUAUUUGCCAGCAGGGACACGAAGAAUAGGGACGACUGUCCCUGGUAAACAGGGGCCGUUUGGACGGCGUAGUUUCGAUUUCUUUCUUUCUUUCCCAUUUUAUUCUUUUGUACACAAAAGGGGGAAACGCUUCGCCCUGUCGCUCGUGUAAAAGGCAGGAGGGCGCAAAAGGGGCAACAACAACAACUCUACACACGACCUGCUGCUAAGCACGCUGCCUCGCCUCGCCUCAGAGCGAGCAGCAGCCAGGCCCCCUCCUUUCGUUUCCACACACAUCCAUUACCCGCCCUCCUCCUCCUCCGCCUCCUCCUCCUCAACCCCGUGACGGCUCCCGAGGCACGCCCUGCUACUGCCAGGCAGUGGCUUUUUGGCAGCCGCCGCAAGAGCAGCGUGACAGACCCUCGCGCUGGGUCGCCUCCCCGCCUGCCAACGCUGCGCCCAAGCGGCGGGACCAGCUGCUGCCCUCAGCCUGGCGGAGGAGGGUACGACGGAGGGCUCUGCGCUUUGCUUUCAGACCGCAGCGAGGCUACCGGGCCGACAAUGGGCUCGACCGAGGAAUUGCUGCUGCCGGCGGCCGAGUGUGUCUUCGAGAAGGAGCGGGAGCUGGCGCCAUCGCUGCCGUCCCUAGGUGGGCGAGCAGGAGCCCGGCACAGGCAGCAGCUGCGGCAAGAGCCGCCUGAAGAGGAGGAAGAGCAGCAGCAGCAGCAGCAGCAGGUCCAACAAGGAGAGAGAGAUAAUGCUGAAGCUGUUACAGAUGAUUAUAAAAAGAUGGGAACUCUCUUUGGUGAACUCAACAAAAGUCUCAUCAGCAUAGGCUUCACAAGGAUGUAUUUUGGAGAACGGAUUGUGGAACCUGUAAUAAUCAUGUUCUUCUGGAUUAUGCUCUGGUUCCUUGGUUUACAAGCUCUUGGACUAGUUGCGGUUCUGUGCCUUGUCAUUAUUUAUGUGCAACAAUAAAGUAUGGAUGGCAGUUGAAGAGCUAUAUCGUAUCUUGGUGGAUUUAUGUACUUAGCCAAACGAGAAUGAUAUACUAAAAGCUGCUGUGCUGAACAUUAUGUGGUCAUUUAACUUGUGCUCUUUCUUUUCAAGCUGCCAUUAUCUUUGAAAUGUAAAAAGAAGCAAAAAUGUCUAAGGUCUCCUGAAUAAAUGGGUAGGGUAUCUUAGUAUGGGGCAGAGGGACACAGUCCUUUGAAUGAAAAAUAGCUAUUGAACUGAUGUAGGUCCUGUUGAAUCCAGAUCUGAGAAGACUCUGAGAUAACAAAUCUGUAAAAAUAGAUCAACAGCUAUUUUAUAUUUAAGCUUUCAAAUCACUUUUGUAUUGGGAACUAAUCUUUAAAAGGCCAAUUUGUAUGCUUCAUGAUUUUAUACCAUCCUAUUAAUCUCUUUGCAAACUUCUUCAGCUUAAAUUAUAAUAUAGUUCUGUUUCUGUAUCUAAAUUAUUGUGUAUGUACAUAUGCAAGUUUGUGUAUGACAGAUUGAUAUCACUAAUAUUUUGUAUGUGUGUAUAUAAGGUAAAUGUCACUUUGGAAUUUGCAGGUAAGAAGCUAAUAUUCUCAAGUCAUGUUGUUGUUGCUGUGUCUUCACACUUUUAAGGAAGUGUAAUUUGCCAGUGGACAAAAUAUGUCUUCUGGUUUUAUUGUAAUGGCUUCCUAACUCACUGCAUUUUGAUUCUGAAACUUUUUCAUAUGUACAAGCACAGCAGAUUUUGAUACUAGAAAAAUUACACAAAAUACCGUGGCAAAGUUAAUUUCAAAAAUUCAUAAUGACCUAAAAUGCUCCUGCUGCUACCAAACUUAAGCAGAAAUGGAAAACUAAUCGCAGGACUUUCAUUGAUGCUGCUGCCAACAUGAGCAGUGUCCAGGUCCAUCAAGAACCAUGAGAAAUGUAGCCUGGUUCCUGGCUGGUACAAAACAGCUUUGUUUCUUCUCACAGGUUGUGCUUUUCUAAAAAUGCAACUUAUAAUUCAGAUAAUGUUAUCUAACCCAUCUCUCUAAUACUUGCAGAAUGUCCUUCAGUAAAGGGGUGUGUGCAUGUGACAUUUAUCAAGUAUUGUGAUUCUGCUUAUGUUGGUUUGCAAAGUGAAAGAUUAUUUGAAUGUGAGAGGUCUGGGGAAGUGAUAGAGAAAAGUGUAAUUCAGCCAUCAUUACCAUAUGAAUUAAUUGGGGUUGCAAUGUAAUUAUGCAGCUUUUGUUAUAUGCAUACCACAUAGUUACUAUAGGCCACAUAAUCAAUUUUCUCCUUGAAAACAUACUUUAACUACACAAUUUUUUAAAAAGAAAAGAAUUGAAUGGACACAACUAAUGUCUAUCCUUAAUGUUGAAAAUAAGUGAACCAACCCCCUUCCCCACCCCCUCUGUACAACUUGCUGCAAUACUUCACCCUUGAUUUGAAGGGGGAGGUAUUUGAUCUUUCUGGUUUUGGUUUUGUUGCAAACUGGUAACAGAAGUGCCAUCAGGACUAAUUAUGACCAUAUCUUAAAAGUGUGCAUGAUAAAAACUGCUAGAUUGGGGUACAAAACUAUUUCUCUCUUUAUUGGUACUGUGGCUCUUGAGUGACAUGCAUUGCAUAUAAAGGUCCUUUAACUGCAGUAUCUUUUCUGUUCAUUUCAUAUGAAGAAAGCAGGUCUCUGAGCACAAAGAACUGCAUCCUCCCAUUUAAAUGAAUGAAAACUUCCCAAUUGAACAGGAGUUCCAUGUGAGCAUUGCGCACAACUGGGGGUUGGGAUCAAAGUGUACAUUCUUGGGUCAAACUUGUGACUGUGUUUCAUCCACACAGCAUUUUCUUACUUGGGUCCCAAUUUAGAAUUGAAAGAAUUUAUAUGGCAGAAAUCACAGCACAAAAAGUGAAGGUACAAUGUCCCAAGUGUGCAUGUUUUAAAAGUAUUCUUGUUUGCAGUUGGACACAAAAGAACAGGGCUGAUUCAAUGUUGGUACUGAUGGAAUGACUGACAUUGUGCAGGAAGGAAACAGUGACAGAUUGUGGCUCAUUGUGAAGAGAAUAACUCUCUACAUCUCUAUUUUGUAUAUUUAAGUGAGGAUGUUUACAGUUUAAGGUAAAUUACCACUUGGGCCAUUGAUACUAAAAUUAUCAUUUUUGGAGAAUAUUAUAUGGAUCAUUUGGGGAUGUUUUCUUAAAUAAUUUAUCAAUCAGAGGUGUGUGUGUGUGUGUGUGUGUGUGUGUGUGUGUUGGGCAGGGGAGGAUAUCCUUCAAAUACUUAAUUGUUGUGUAUAAGAAGCUUGCCAAAUUUCGGAGAGCUGUGCACAGUGUUUCAUGUGUGCACUGGGACUUUUCCAGACCUUCCUUUCUGCUGCAGCUGCUGGCACACCCCAAAGGCCACAGGGAGCCCCCAGAGCAGUGUGUGCUGCAGCACAGGUAGAUGCAGCAAGGAGUGGAAAUAGGUGAGACGCACUGACACAAGGGCUUUCUGCUUGUGUAUGGGACUCUUUGGCUCAAAUUAUGUGGUGUUAAACUGAUGAAACUUCAUUUGCACUUAAGCUGCCAUACACAAAGUGAAUUUGUUUCCUUAAAAAUGUUUGUAUAAAACUGUAAAUUUGAAACAGUUAUGUUUUCUAAUAAAAUAUCUCAUUACACAAAUUA